AUGUCGACACGCGUCCCAAGGUUCAAUAAAACGUCACUAUAUGACACCACCCCUCUCCCCGAUGAUAUCCCCAAGGUCAAAGAGAUCGGUGCGAGCUCGGCACCAUUGAUGUCGGCUGCCUUCUUCAUUGGAGCACGAUGCAAAGCAUACAAUGAUGACUAUAUGCAGUGCAAGACUGAGUCAAACGGCCGCGGAGAGCUCGAAUGCAUGAAAGAGGGAAGAAAGGUCACAAGAUGCGCUGCGAGCGUACUGGAAGAUAUAAACAAAAACUGCUUGGAAGAGUUCAAAAAGCACUGGGACUGCCUAGAGAACAACAAUCAACAGCUAUGGCAUUGCCGAGCGCAAGAGAGGCCAUUCAACAAAUGUGUAUUCGAUAAGCUGAACCUGGAGAAGACCAUUCCAGGAACACCGGAAAAUGUCACACCUGUGCAUCUCCGCAAAUACCAGAAAUUCUCUUAG